AUGAAGUACAUCGAGAGCCAAGUGCCCAGCGAGAAGGAGCAGCUAGUGCCUGUCAUCGCGACGCUCCUGGAGUUCAGUCCGCAGGAGCACCAGAAGGUGAUGGCGGCGCACAGCAAGGCGAACGACGAGGGCGCGGGGCUGUUCGGCGGCGUGUUCUCCCUCUUUGGAGGCGGAGCAGCGGCCGCGCCACCCCCGAAACCGCUCGCAGCCCCGCACAACUUCAAGCCUUCGCCCACCACAGCGAAGGGCAACACGACCGGGGCUGCGCUUGGCAGCAAGGACAAGAACGGCGUCCUCUCAUUCGGAAGCGACCCCAGCGACGACGAGGAGUUCGCGACGCCGCUGAACCCGUUCGCUGCAUAG